AUGGCUUUGAAGAAGCUUGAAAAUGUUGAUUUAAAUAAUAUCAUAUUAUCAGAACUAGAUAAAGAUAUAUAUAAUAAAGAUAUUGACUACAUUUUGAAAUCUGAAAGAAUUCACUCAUCAAUACCUAGCGUGUAUGGAGGAAGCACCACUGUUGAAAAAAUUAUUGAAACAUGGAAUGAUGAUGAUGAUUCAAACAAUGUACAAAAAAUUUCUCAAGAUUCUCAAAAACAUAUAAAUAAGUUUCUUUUACAACAAUGGAAUUUACACAAAGGAUUGAAAGUUUACAGUAAUACUUUUAUUCAUGGAGAAGAAAUCCUCACAAAGAAUGGCACAUUAAUCUCUCAGGAAGUAAAGCAACAUGUCCAAAUUUAUACAAACAUACCAUUCGAUAUUCUAAAAAAUAUAAGUGUUUCAGUCCAAAAAUUGGAAGAAAUCGACAUUUGCUUGCACAUUCGGAUUCUAAAUAUUGAAUAUAAAAAUUUUGAGAUAUCUGAAGGAUUUAGUAGAGCAAUUGAUAAUAUACUAAAAAAUCAAGAGAAUUCUAUUCAGAAGGUUCUUCAAAAAUUUUUUGAAAAAUAUGGCGAUUAUGUAACUAAAAAAGUUGUUAUUGGUGGUGCACUUAGGAUCAAAUCAGCAAGUCCUAAAGAAAGAAAGUUACUUGUGAAAGGUAUUGACAUUUUGAAAGCCAACCUUUACUGGGCUAAUGAUCAAAUCUUUUCGGGAAAAUCUAAUAUAUUCGGUAAAAUUUCAUUCGAUAAUAUUUUCACAAUUGAAGAUACGGACAAUAAGCAAAGAAUUACUUCUGGUCAUGAUCUAAUGGUUUGGAUGGAAGAGCUUUAUGAAUAUAAAAGAGGAUAUGUUAUUGAAUUCAAUGAAAUUGUUCCAACAUACACUUUUCUGAAUGAUGAGAUUAGACAGAAAAUGGACAAAGUUUGCGGAGGGCUUCAGAGCUCCAAUAUUGAGCAUAUAAUUGUUCCGUACAUUACCAAUAGCUCUAUCCCUGAUGAUUUAAAUAGGUGGGCUAAAGAUUCACCAAUGAUAUAUUUGUGCCAUUGGAUUAACAAUCUAUAUUUUCAUUAUGGCUUGAUUAUUCAACAAAAUAACAUAAUACACGGAUUGGAAGUUGCAAUGAAUUUUCUUGAAAUACCUGAAAUAUGUUUAUUAGAUACAUCAUAUAUUCAUUUACGGCAACCCCUUAAUAAAAAAGAAGCAUUUAUUCUAGCUAACUGUAUUAAAAUGGACAACUUUAAUAUUACAGAGAUCCCGUUUUUAACAGAAAGUUUAACAAACAAUGUUCAUCCAAUAUUUAACGAACAACAAAGUUCUAAUGAGAUCCAUUGUUUUAUCAUCUCGGAAAAAAUUAAAUUAACAUUUAAUACGAAUAAAUUAGAGCCAUCUGAAAAGUUUUUAAACGCAGUGAAAGAAGCACUUAACAGUAACUAUCCAUUUUGUAACUUGAAAAAUGUUUUUAACAAUUUUGGGUACCUUUGUCCUUGCAGCAUUAUUCUUGGUAGAACAUUUUCAAAGAUUUGUGAAUCCGAUAUUAAUGACCAAUUUGUAAAUGAACAUAUUGAUUUUAGUACAGACAAUGAUGAGUCCAAAAUUAUAGAGGAGACACUUGAAAAAUGGAAUAAGACUGCAAAAAAUUUAGAUACGUCAUUCUUUUUGGAUUUUAACGGUGAUAUAGUGAAAAAUAAUGAGAUAUAUUUUCGAUUAAAAAGUAUGGAAGAAAAACAAUCUUGGAAAACAAUAACGCAAGAUUUAAUUCCUUUAUAUAAAAUAUUGCCUAAAGAUAAACAGAAUGAAAUAGAAAGUAUAAAUCCACUUCAAGACAGCGAUUAUGAAAUGUUUGGUUGUUUGAUUAUUAAUGGACAAAAUGAAUCAGAUGUGAUGAUACGAUUUAGUUUAAUAAAUCAAUAUGGAUGCCGAGCUACUAUAAAUAAACUUGAUAGUAAAAGCAUACCUGUUGGUGCACAGGUAUUUUGGAUAGUACUCGCCAAAGGAUAUGGAUAUUUUAGCAUGCAUACUCGUAAUAUCAAAAUUGCACAUGGAAAAAAAACAUUAACGGGUCAAUUGCCGAUUAAUGUUGAAAUCUCAGUGCCUACAUUGUUGAAUCCAUGGUUAAAUUCAUGCUUUCUUGUUACUUGCUUUGAUUCAGAAAAUUUUAAUAAAAACCAAGUUAUUAAAAGUAAACUUAAGGAUUUUUCAGAAACUUGUUUAAGUGUGGAAGUAUUCCAAUACAACCUGGAUGAAAUACAAAAUGAGAUCAAGAAUCUCACGAUGAGGUGGUGUAUUAUUGAUACUCAUAAGAUGGAUGAAAAAGAUCAUAUCACAGUUGAUGUUGGCUCAAAGACCUUAAGUUUGAGUUUUUUAGGUGUUCUGGCGAGUAAUGUGAUUUCUGGUGAUUACACCGGAAUAAAAAAUGAAAAAGAGAAUCAUACACAUAAUUUAAUGAUAUCUUCACAAAAUGCAAAAUUUGGUGGGCCAGCUGCAGUGGCCGGGCAGAAAAUCUCCGCUGUUCAAACUGUAGGAGAUGCAAUCACUCCAUUCGUUCCCUUAUUUGACAAGGUCACAAAUAUACUUACUCAAAUGUUAUCAAUCUAUGAAAAUGCAAAAUGUAAUGAAAAAAUAUGUAUGGCUUUAUUAGAUCGUGUUGAAAUUGCACAAACAGCGAAUAUUAGGAAAUUUUCUAAAGAAGUUACGCAAUUGGACUAUUUUCAAAAGUUUAUAAAUGCUAAUGCUGUUAAAGAUGCUUUUAAAAAAAAUAUUAAAGAAUUUGAAGAAGUUUGUCGUGAUUUAAAUUUGACUAUGGCUAUGUAUAAUGCUGAACAAAGAGAAAUGGAGGCAAAAAAUGUUGCAGAAGAUCUUGAGUUUUUGAAAAAAUCAAUGAAUGAAAUGAAGGAUGAAAUAAAGGCCGAAAUAAGGUUAGCAAUAACGGAAGUUACUACAUUGAUGUCAAGCGCCAAUCAUCUAGGUUCACAACUACAAGUUGCAGUGAUGGAUAAAACAGCUCUUCUGAUUGAUAAGUACAAAGUUCCCAGAAUAGAUCCAAUUGAAUUAUCAGAACCAUUUUCUUCUAAUGAUAACGUUCGUGGAUCCAGAAAAACUGUCAAAAAAAUUUUCCGUGGAAUAGAAGUUGCAUGUAAAAAAGGUCAAAUUUCUAAACAUGGCGAGUCCGGACAGUUAAAGAGUCCCGAUCAAACAGUCGAGCGAGCAAAUUAUAAAAUACAACAACUUGAAUUGGCUGCACUUCUUAAAUUAGGUGUCACUGAUAGAUUUGAGCCUAAAAUUUCACAUAUCGAACUCAGUCAUUCUAUGACAUCUAUAGAUGUUUUAUAUCCAGAAAAAUCCUUGGCAGACAUUAUUCGAUGGUUAGCACCUGGAAAGAUGCGAAAAUCUUCAAAAAGUCAACUACAAAGAUACAAUCAUCGAUGUGAAAUGUACAGCUCUGGUGAUAUCCCAAGUUUAGAACUUCCAAAAACUUUCGAGGAAAAAGUUUGCAUCACCGAUUCUCAACCUAGUGAUCUAUUUAAAGCACCUGAUGAAUUAGAUGAUAAAGAUGCCCUAAAUGAGAUGAAAAUACAGGAAAUAAUUAAGUAUAUGACUAUGGCGGCUGAUCAUGAAAAUCCUACUGCACUUUUUAAUUUGGGUGAUAUUUAUUGGAAAGGAAAGCUUGGGGUUCCGGUUGAUAAAGCAAAGGGGGAACUAUAUAUUAAAUUAGCAGCCCUAAAAGGCCAGCAAAAGGCUCUCUUGCUUAGUUAUCUUGUAAGGGAUAUACUCAGAAAUUACCAAAUUAUUACGAAUUAUGGCAAAAAUCCUAAAUGCUGUGGUGCAGUACGAGAAAUUUAA